GUCAACUCAAAAACUGGUUUAAUGUUUAAGCACAUUAUAUUUGCAACCCUCUUUUUUAGCAGAGGAAACCCACCCUCGAGGUAUCAGUGUGAAUCUUUCACAAUGAUUUCUCCAGGACUCAUUUUGCUCUCAAGUUUUCUCUGCCACGUGGCUAUUGCAGGACGGACUUGUCCGCAGCCAGUUAUUGUACCAUUUUCCACAGUUACUCCAUUAAAAACAUUCUAUGAGCCAGGGGAGGAGAUCGUGUUCUCCUGCAGGCCAGGCUAUGUGUCCCGGGGAUUGACGAGAAAGUUUACCUGUCCUCUGACAGGGAUGUGGCCCAUCAACACUCUGAAGUGCACACCCAGAGUCUGUCCUUUUGCUGGGAUCUUAGAAAAUGGAGCUGUACGCUAUACAACUUUUGAAUAUCCCAACACAAUCAGUUUUUCUUGUAAACCUGGGUAUUACCUGAACGGAACUAAUGCAGCUCGGUGCACUGAGGAAGGAAAGUGGAGUCCAGAGCUUCCUGUCUGUGCUCCCAUAACCUGCCCUCCACCCACAGUACCUAAAUUUGCAAAACUCAAAAUGUAUAAGCCAUCCGCUGGAAACUACUCCCUCUAUCAGGACACAGCAGUCUUUGAUUGCUUGCCACAUCACGCGAUAUUUGGGAAUGAUACCGUUACCUGCACAGCCCAUGGGAAUUGGACUGAAUUACCAGAAUGCAGGGAAGUAAAAUGUCCAUUCCCACUAAGACCAGAAAAUGGAUUUGUGAACUAUCCUGCAAAACCACUUCUUUUUUACAAGGAUAAAGCCACCUAUGGUUGCCAUGAUACAUAUACCCUGGACGGCCCAGAAGAAGUUGAAUGCACCAAACUGGGAAACUGGUCUGCCCAGCCAAGUUGCAAAGCAUCUUGUAAACUAUCUGUUAGAAAAGCCACUGUGUUAUACCAAGGAGAGAGAGUAAAGCUCCAGGAAAGAUUUAAGAAUGGAAUGCUACACGGUGACAAAGUAUCUUUCUUCUGCAAAAAUAAGGAAAAGAAGUGCAGCUAUACAGAAGAGGCUCAGUGCAUGGACGGCACCAUCGAAAUCCCCAAAUGUUUCAAGGAACACAGUUCUUUUGCUUUCUGGAAAACGGAUGCAUGGGAUGUAAAGCCAUGUUCUCAGGAGUGAACCGCACACUUGUAUCUCUGUGUUCCAAGGAACCUAGUGAAAGUGGAAAAACAAAUUUGCUGAAUAUAUUGCCUCAACCAUUUCAGCGUCACUUAUCUCGGGAGCUCACUUUUAGUUAUAUUAUUUGCCUAAGACACCCAACUACUUGGAAUAUCAUUAUUUCAUGGAGCGGAGAGUGUAAACAACCCACCCCUAUCCGUGUACUCCCACUCUCAAGCAUUUUCAAAUAAAACACCUACAACACAGUAUUUUUUAAAAGUAGAGUGGUACACAGACCCCCCACCAAAAUUGCAUUCCCUGUUUACAUAUUGCAAAGGAAAAUGUUGUGUCCCAGAAUUUCUGAGGACAGCCCAGAUGUCUGCAAUUAUGACGCAACUCUCAGAUAAUUUUUAUGCUGUGUCAGGUUAAAGAAGCAUCACCAUGAAGAAAGAAGUGUGGACUUCCAAUCCAGUAGAACUGAAUCAGAAUCCUUGGGCUUAUGUAGCAUCUCCAAAAUAAUUCUUUCCCUACUAAAGUUCCAAGAUCCAUUGCUGUUACCAUUAAUCCUGAUAUAUCACAUUCAUUGGAUUAAGAAAUGCCUAGCAGAUUAUUACAGCAUUAGUGAAACAUUAGUAAAGUACAUCUGAAUGGGG